UUCAAUACAACUUAAACCCGUUCCAGGUUCUCUCUCUCUCUGUGGUUCCAUUUGUGGUGCUAAUAGCAGCCACCUCUCUCUGUUUCAUGUGCAGGGAGCCAGUGAAGCUGUGGCAGCAGCCCAGGCAUUGUCCCUGCCGGCUGAAGCUUACGGCAAUGAUAAACUGUCAUCUGCCAACGCUAAGCCCAACAUUGAAAUGAUCUGGGCCAUGAAAGCGUACCAGCACGCUGAAGUCUAUUUUAACCUUAUUUCCUCUGUUGACCCCAAGUUCCUGAAACUUACAAAAGUCGAUGACCAGAUCUAUGCUGAGUUCAGGAAAAGCUUUGGGGACCUCAAGAUCGACGUGCUUGACCCAGAGGAGCUCAAAUCGGAGCCCGCCAAAGCGAAAUGGCGCCCCUUCUGUAUGCAGUUUGAUGGGGUAGUUGAAGACUUCAACUAUGGCACCCUGCUUCGCCUGGACUGCAGUAAGGACUACACAGAGGAGAACACGAUAUUUGUCACCAGGAUCCAGUUCUUUGCUAUUGAAACUGCUCGCAACCGAGAGGGCUAUAACAACGCUGUUUACAGCCGUGCCAUGGACACACAGUCUGCUGCUGCAGAGACAGGAGGAUCUGCAUGAGGCUGGGAUAGAAUUUGUCACUCUACUAGCCAGCCAGCCACGGGCAGGAAGAUUCCUUGCUGCCCUGAGGAUUCAUAGAAACUGCCAUAAUUAAAUGGACUCUUGCAUAGGGGAGGGAGAGGCACAUGCAUUCAUGGUGGAGGGAUAAAGAGAACAAAGCAAGACUCAGAACACUUUGGGCUUGGACAACUUGGUUUCACUGCAUUACAGUGCUCUUAUGGCAGCAUUUCUGCCAUGUUAAUGACCAAACAGCCUGUAAAUAAAUGUCAGUAUGCUGCCCUA